AUGCUGACGCUCCUUGUCCCCCUGCUGCUGGUGGCUGGCGGCUGCCAGGCCGCAGUGCUGCCAAAAGAGCCGCAGUCGCGGGUGGUGAACGGGGAGGACGCGGUGCCCUACAGCUGGCCCUGGCAGAUCUCGCUGCAGUAUGAGCGCGACGGUGCCUUCCACCACACCUGCGGGGGCACCCUCAUCGCGCCCGACUGGGUGAUGACGGCUGCGCACUGCAUCUCCUCCACGCUCACCUACGAGGUGGUGCUGGGUGAGUACGACAUGAGCUCCGCCGAGGGCCCCGAGCAGCGCAUCCCCGUCGCCACCUCUGACAUCUUCGUGCACCCUAAGUGGAGAAGCUCAUGCGUGGCCUGCGGCAACGACAUCGCCCUGAUGAAGCUGCGGCACAACACGGUGCUCAACAACCAAGUGCAGACGGGGCAGCUGCCGCCCGCGGGCACCAUCCUGCCCGACGGCUACCCCUGCUACCUGAGUGGCUGGGGACGUCUGUCCACUGGGGGCCCGCUGCCGGACCGGCUGCAGGAGGCGCUGAUGCCCGUGGUGGACUACGAGCACUGCACGCAGCCCGACUGGUGGGGCAUCCUGGCCAUCCGCACCACCAUGAUCUGCGCCGGUGGAGCCGAGAAGGCUGGCUGCAACGGCGACUCGGGCGGCCCCCUGAACUGCCAGGCUGCUGAUGGGCACUGGGAGGUGCACGGCAUCGCCAGCUUCGUCUCAGGACUGGGCUGCGACACCCCGAAGAAGCCCACUGUCUUCACCCGCGUCUCCGCCUUCGAGGACUGGAUCGCCGAGGUGGGCGCCGGGGUGCUGGGACAGUGGGGUGCUGGGACCAUGAACAACAACUGA